GACACCUUGGCGGAUUGAGGAACUGAAAAUUACACGAGGUCAGCUCUCCCUGUUGGGAUUGGUUGGUUUUGAGACGAAAAGUGUAAUAAGUAUGGCAUUAUUGAUUACACUGAUUUAAUUGGUGUUCUAUAGCUACCGCUGUACACUAUACAAAGAUGUCGAAAUGUAAAACAAGACAUAAUUCACAGAUCCAUAUGGGCCCAUGGAAAACGCUGGAGAACAAUUCCGGAUGGCAUCCAGAUAGCUGUCGAUCGUGGCUUGUUUGUGCGGCAUCUCUGUUAUCCGUUGUUGUGGUUUCGGGGAUUGCUUUCAGUUAUGGUUUACUCCUGCCGUCCUUGAUGGAUGCUUUUGAAGGUACUCGACAAGAAACAGUAGGAAUUAUUGGUUUUAUCUUUGCUUCAUGGAGUUCCGAUCUGUGGAUGAUGUUUUUAACAUUUGGCUUAAUGUCUGGUGUUGGGCAUGGAUUGAUUUUCAAUACUUCCGUUUUGGUGAUCCUGCAGCAUUUCAUGAAAUGGCGUUCAGUAGCUGUUGGUAUUGUGGCUUCAGGGCCAGCUAUUGGCAUGUUUGUCUUCUCCCAAAUCACUCGAUUGUUAUUAAGCACGUUUGGAUGGCCGGGGGCAAUGAUAGGAUACGCCAUCUUGUACUUUGUAUGCGGAUUGUGUGCCACUAUGUUCGUGACACUUAACACAUUUAAGGAAGACAACAGCGACAUCAAUUCUCAUGGAAUAAAACGUGAAGAGUCAAAAACAUCAUCUCCCCUCAGAAAUCGUCAUUUUCUGAUUAUGUUUUCUUCAUUUGUUAUCAUUCACUUUAGUUAUUAUGUUCCUACUAUACACAUAGCAAAAUACUGCGUAGAAGAACUCGCGAUGUCCGGAGAAAGUGUUUCCUUGUUAUACACUUACAUGGCCGUAGCUUCCUUUAUCAGUCGCCAUCUUUUCUGCAAAUUGGGAGACUUGCCAUACUUCAAUAGAUUCUAUCUUUAUCAGGGGGGCAUGACCAUCAGUGGGCUAUGUAUCAUAAGUAUUCCUGUAGCAAGGUCGUUUGUGACCAUACUGAUACCAUUAAUGGGAUUUGCUCUCAUGGAUGGAUCACUGGCGGGGCAACAGUCUCUGCUUGUAUUGGAAUGUGUGGGACAUCACAAUGUGAACCAUGCGUGGGGUUAUAUGAUGCUUUUUGCAGGAAUUAGCGCUAGUGUUGGACCUCCUUCGGUCGGUAAGUUGAAUUUAAUGUUGCAGUUACAGGUCAUGGAUUGGAAAUUGUCUCUAUUUAACUCCCACCACAAACAAUCCACUCAUUUUUAUCUAGUGCACUUAUGGAAUGACGUUUUUCUGAUAGGUCUUAUGGCUGACAUGCUUGGCUCUUACACUAUCCCAUUUUAUACUGCGGGCGUGGUGCUGAUAGUAGGGGCCUCCAUCACAUCACUGAUGACUUGUGUAAAUCAACAAUCCGAAGAAAUUGACGCCCACAUCGUUCAGUCAGAAGUGGAAGAACUUUCGGUUGCAGAAAAAAUAACUGUAUUGUAGAAAUGACAUUUUUUUUGUCUUUAGUUUUCCGACGUUUUGAUCGGUUGCUUUAAUUAAGCCUUGAAAUGAUACUAGUUGCUUUGUUUAACUGUUCUGUCCUCGUUGUCUCCUAAAAAUGCAAUUUAUGGCAAUUUAUAUCCUGAGAAUGAAAGAUAAUGGAUAUCGUAGAAAAAAGGUUAGAGCUGAUGGUGAAUCAGGUCAUUUAGAACACAGGACUGUUGUUCAGUCGUUCAUGAUAUCAACAGCGAAUUGCUCUGUAUUCUAGUCAAUCUCAAUAAAUUGUGGGUAUGUAG